AGCCUCCCGUAGCCGAGUGAGGCAGCAUGGCAAUGUUCUUGGAGGCCAGGACCCUGAAGCUCUUUCCCGGAGCCAAUGGCUUCCUGGAGGAGAUCCGGCAGGGCACCAUCGAGCGGGAGUGCAUCGAGGAGGUCUGCAGCUAUGAGGAGGUCAAGGAAGUGUUUGAGAACAAGGAGAAGACGAUGGAGUUUUGGAAGGGCUAUACCAACUCUGUCUACUCAGUCAAGGACCCCGGGCACAGCACGGAGCGCUCAGACGCUAUGUAUGUGGUGGUGCCCCUCUUGGGAGUGGCUCUUCUGAUAGUCAUCGCCCUCUUCAUCAUCUGGAGGUGCCAGCUUCAAAAGGCCCCCCGCCCCCGCCCUUCCUAUGCCCAGAACCGUUACCUGGCCAGCCGAACGGGACGCAGUCUCCCCAGGGUCAUGGUGUACCGGGAGCGGUCGCAAAGCCAAGGGGAAACACAGUAUCAGCGGGAAGCAAGCAACCGGGUGGCUGGAGACAGCAGAGCUGGGGGCACCCCCCAGCAAGAUGGCCCCCUCUACCCGCCGGAGCAUUCGGUCUCUGUCCUCUCCAGACUGUCCAGUGCCACCCCCCCACCUUCCUACGAGGAGGUGACGGGCCACCCGGAGAGCAGCAGCGGUGAAGAGACCAGCGUCUCCUACAAUGACCCGCCGCCCAAGUAUGAAGAGAUUGUUGCCACUGCCCCUGUCACGGGCAAAUAG